CGAAAUUGUUAAACUUGGAAAUUGAUGUUUGGCAUUUCGGUUUGAAAAGAUGUCGCUCAAUCGAGGCAUCGGUAGUAUGGAGUACAUGAAAAAAAGAAUACCGAAAAACGCAAAGUAUCAACAUGUCAAAACGAGGCUGGACACAGGUUGCAGCCUUACAAAGUAUAUGGAAAAACUGGAGGAGAUUAAAAAAAAUUACAGGUAUCGAAAAGAUGAAAUCUUCAAGCGGUUAAAGGUGACAACGUUUGCACAAUUGAUACUUCAGGUAGCCUCCAUAUCAGACCUGAAUGAAAGUGAUGACGGCGAAUCACACGGCGCAGAAGACGGUCUGUCAGUGGUGUCUGAUGCAGACCUCGAGUGUCUAUCUGAACACACCAACGGCUCCCCGCAGGCAUCACUUCUUUCAGAUCACCAAGAUGCAGGAGAUGCUAAGGAAACCUGCUACACUGCCAGGUCAACACUGCUGAGUGUUAUUAGUGGUGUGGGAGAGCUGAACCUCGGCAGGGACGGUCAGAAGACGAACGAGUUCUUGUUAAGCCCCGAGCCAGCUGACAGGCCUUACCCCGACUGCCCCUACCUGCUGCUGGACGUACGGGACCGGGACCAGUACGACCGCUGCCACAUCAUCAGCGCACACAGUUUCCCCAUCGCCACGCUCUCUCGAACGAUGAACCCCUACACCAAAGAAGUGCUGGAAUAUAAAAAUGCGGCCGGGAAGAUCAUCAUCGUGUAUGAUGAGGACGAGAGGAUAGCCAGCCAGGCAGCCACCACCAUGUGUGAACGGGGAUUUGAGAACCUCUUUAUGCUGUCUGGAGGUCUCAAGGUAGUCACUCAGAAGUUUCCAGAAGGGAUGGCGACGGGCUCCGUCCCAGCCUCGUGCCUGUCCUCUCCCACUUCAUCUAAGGGGAGGAGGAGCUCUGUGCCGCCGCAGCAGUCAUCACAGGCAGCGGAGAAGAGGUGGCGGUUUACAUCAGAUGAGCUGGCCAAGAUCCAGGAGCAGCUGGAGGAGAUCCUCAUUCCCAGCUCCAACAGCCGCAUGUCCAGCCGCAUGUCAGCCAGCAGCUCACAGUCCACAGCAUCCAGCGCUCGGAGUCGACAGAGUGCCUCAGCAGCUGGGAGGGACAGCGCCAGGGUUCAGAGCAGCAGACCCUGGAAAUAAAACCCCUUGUUUUUUUUUUAAAUAUAUAUAUGUAUAUUUAAUAAAUUGUGUGUAUUUGAAGGUUUGCACAGUGCCUCAUCUGUCAAUCUAAAAACUAAUGGAUCUUUUUGCACUCAAAUCAUUUUUUUCAUGUAACACAAUUCUUAUCCAUUGUGAUUUCCACCAUCUGAUGGACGUGUGCAGAUAAUCACUUAACUCUGUCGAUAAUCUGUUUAAUAUUUGUCUUUUUUAACGUUGUUGUGCCCAGAAAGGUCAUGUUUAGCUCCAUCAGUGUGACGGCCACCAAAUAAAUUGCAUUCGUUUCUUUUUGCAGGCGACAGAAUAACUGAAUGUUGAUGUGACGUGAAGGAUGUGCUGGGAAUCUGUAUUGCAUGAGAUGUAAUUUAUGAUAAUGAUGUUCCAGAGCUUGAUCCAUGUCGUAAAAUGAAGACAAGCUGUGCUGUAUUUUUGUAAUAUUUUCUAUCUUAUUGUCAUUUCUAUACUUACGAUGCACCAACAGCCUUUAUGUGCAACUUUUUCGUCUACUUAAGCUGUUACUUCACUGUGAUUUUCUUUCUGUCUGAGUGUGUGUGUGUGUGUGUGGCUGCGGGGGGGGGGGGGGGUUCAGAGUACUGUAAGUUGUGAUCACACUAACUAAUUAAUUGAAGGCUGCAGACAGACAGACUGUCUGACAUGGGCAUUUUGUUAUAGAUGUAACAAGACUACAAACAGCGCUUCACUACUCACAGAUGCAUUGAAAAAACAGUAUUGCUAAUUUGUGGAGUUUCGUUUUCUUGGCAUGUUACUGACUUGUUGCUGAUUCUUGGCCAACGUUCCCCGGAUACACUCACACAGUCUCGUAUGAAGUGCAUUUAAUGAAAAUAUUAACUGUUUGUUUUCACCAUCAGUCUUAACUCACAUUAAUGAUCUGAUCACAUGAUUUUGCGUGAAUGAAUGUCAAAUAAAGGGUAGAGUUGUUUGCUGUA